UAGUUGCCAUUGAAACUUGAAUCAUUGUCGUAGCAAGUUGAGAAUUGAAUUUCCUCAUCAAGAUACAGUUGACGUUAUACGCUUGUUUGUAUGCGGAGGUUUAAGAGGGCAAUGUGAGAUUGAUCGCUGUCAGGUGGCGUACUUCAAACGUCAAUGAGCACUACGACAGGUGCUAAGAUUUUGAAAUGACUGACUGGCUUACAAGAGCAGCAAUUUUCAGACUAAAGAGUUGUGGAGACAGCCAUGAGAUCUGAAGUUGUUAUUCUGCAGCAGCCAAUAUCUGUGUGUGUACCACCAAACCAUGAGGUGACUUUAAUAGUUAAAGCAAUUGGCACUAGUCCUUUGAGGUAUCAGUGGUUUGAUAAACAACAGAAAGAGGUGGAAGGUGGGACAGAGCCCGAGCUUACCGUAACUCUACAGAGAACGGGAAAAUACAUUUGUAGAGUGAGCGACCUGUACUGUAACUAUCAGUUCACAGAAUGGGUUAAAGUGAGAAUCCUAGAUGCACCAGAUGUUUCUCGCACUUGGAGAGGAGAACUCCAUAUAGCCAUUCACCCAGUUUGUCAAACAGUAAAACUAGGGGAGACUUUUACUCUUAGAUGCACAGCUUUAGGCAAGCCUACGCCUUCCUACCAGUGGUACAGAAAUGGUCACCUCCUACCUAAACAGAAUACAGAAACACUCAGGAUUGAAAAUGCCAGUGCAGACAGCACUGGUUCAUACCUCUGUGCUGUGUCAAAUGCUUUGGAUGAGAGAUGGUCUGAAGCAGCUGAAAUUGAGAUUGCACCUACGGAUCAACCACCAACACCCACGCUUAUGGCAACUGACAAAGUGGCAUUGCUGAUUGGGAAUCUGAACUACAACCACCACCCUGGUUUGAUGGCCCCCACUAUGGACGUCCAUGAGCUAGGCAAUCUUCUGCAGCAGCUUGGCUUCAGAGUGGUCUCUCUGCUAGAUCUCACCCUUCAGGAAAUGCAGGCUGCCAUUGUCAAGUUCUUGCAGCUUUUGGACCAUGGAGUGUAUGCUGUUUUUUAUUAUGCUGGCCAUGGGUACGAGCACUCUGGUAGGAAUUAUCUGGUGGCCAUUGAUGCUCCAAGACCUUACCGAACAGAAAACUGUGUGUGCGUACAGAGAGUGAUGCACAGUAUGCAGGAGAGAAAAGCCCAGCUCAAUGUCAUUCUUCUGGACACCUGCAGGAAAUGGUACAAACAGAAAGGUCCUUCCUCUGAAAUAAAGCCUUUGGCUCCUCUGGGCAACACAGUGUAUGGAUAUGCCACGACUGAAGAUUCAGAGGCUUUUGAAGUCCAGGAUGGAGGCAAGAGCACAGGGAUCUUCACCAAGUAUCUGAACAAACAUAUCUUACGGUUGGAGAGGGUGACCCAUGUCUUAGAGCAGGUCUCUGAAGAUCUGGGAAAGGACCCACUGGUGCAUGGCAGACAGGUAGUAGAAAUCAGGCACACUCUCACGGAGCCACGGGCCUUGACCGAUCCUGUGCGAAUAUCUGGACACACCAUGGAGUUCCGUCGAAGAGAUGCUUGCUGGAAACAGGCUAAUGUUCUUCCUGGCCGCAAGUGUCUGAACUUUCAGGACUGUGGUGUUCAGGUUGAGCUCAGUUUCUCUGCUCUGUUCUCCAAUGUCCUGAUUGUGUUUGGUACACUGAGAAACACAAGCACUGUGGCCCAGGAGUGCACGCUGAUUCUUGAGAGUGAACCAAUGAUGCAGGACAUUUUCUCUGCUUGUGGCAGAUCAGAAGAAAUGGAUACUCCGCUUGUGAGCAGUGGUAAAACUCCUGACAGUACCCUCAGAUUAUGUUGCCUUCAGAGGCUCCAGGGAUCACUGGUGAUCAAGGUCAAACUGCACUACACCCAUACAGAAACUAAAGAACAUCACACUCAGAGCAGAGAGCUAGACAUAGGCAAGCCUCUUAUUGCCUCCUGCAAGCUUAAUCAGAUGAAGGCAGUGGACAGAAGACAAGAAAGUCAUGUCCAUACUGUGGACCACCUGGCCAACAUCAGAUGGCCACAUCAUCAGAACCAUCCUCAACCUGGUCAGCCCUGCAUGCGCAAGGCAGAGAACAAGUUACAGAGCUCAGCCAAAGCCACCUCUGUGAGCAGUAAUGAACCAGAGGAGAAUGAUGAAAAUGACUAUAGUGGAUUCACUAUGUGAUCUGCCUUCCCUUUACAAACACACAAUACAGUACGGCAUUGUUUUGAUGCAACAAAGGAUUUUUCUUACAUUAAGUGUUUACCUUUUGCUUACUAAUUGAUAUGUGUGUGUCUGUGUGUGUGUGUGUGUCUGUGUGUGUGUGUCUGUCUGUGUGUGUGUGUGUGUGUGUGUGUGUGUGUGUGUGUGUGUGUGUGUGUGUGUGUGUGUGUGUGUGUGUCAGAGAGAGUGAGAGCAUGUAAAGGAAGACGUUCUCAUGCAUAUAAAUAUAUUUAUACAAUUAUUAUUUGUAAAUCAAAUCAAGUGUAAUAUUCUGAUAUAAUCCAUAAAGUGGUACUA